GAAAAACAAAAAGGAUCAGUUUCUAGUUGUACUCAACCCAUAGUAAAGUUAAGAAGCCUGUUUUUGUUUGUUUGUUUAAAAUCUUUUGAUGCACCUAAUUCAAAAUCCUUGCUAACAGAUUUCCUAGGAGAACACUGGUUUUUUUGGAAUUCUAGUCUUUUGCACAUUGGUUAGCUAACACCAGCCCUGGACAGAGGAGGAGUGGAAUAUACUGGUCAUUUGUCAUUGGCAGACUGAGGAAAUGAGUAAACAAGACCAGGGCAGAAGAGCCUGAGAAGGGAAACCACAUUGACCAGGGUGCCAGUAACUUAACUUUUUGCCUUAGUGACAGUUUUUCGUCUUCCACUAGUGAAGGAGGGGGCACGGUCAAAGCUUUGAUGUCCUUUGCUUUUUUUUUCUUUAAAAUUAUUCUUUAAUUUUUUAUACCAUAUAUAUAUAUAUUUUUGCCAUAAAAGUGAGAAAUGAAUGUCCUUUGUAAUAAUUCCUAUCACCCCUGCCCUUAGGGACUUCCUCUUUUGGAAUAGCACCCCCAGCCUCACCUACCUGGCCGGGGAGCCGGGACUCAUGGCUUCUUUCUAACAGCCGAGCAUGAUCUGCUUUUCAGAUAACACCAUCCAGUCGGUUUUCUGCUGCUGCUGUUGCUGCUCCCUGCAGAAGCGGCAAGUGAGAACGCAGAUCAGCCUUAGCCGAGAUGAAGGACUUGCAGAAAAACACCCUCAGCGACACCUGCCACGGCUCAGCGAAUUGUCUAGUAGGAAGCAACCCGGCAGGGGCUGUGCACAGCCGUCCAAACGCAAGCCCCUGCCUCCCCUCCCGGCCUCCGAGGUUGCUGGAGAGAAGAUCCGGGUGAAGGCGCUUUACGAUUUCCUGCCCAGGGAACCCUGUAAUCUGGCCUUGAAGAGAUCAGAAGAAUACUUGAUUCUGGAAAAGUGCAACCCUCACUGGUGGAAAGCCAGAGACCGUUUGGGGAAUGAAGGCUUAAUCCCAAGCAACUACGUGACUGAAAACAAAAUAACCAAUUUAGAGAUAUAUGAGUGGUACCAUAGAAAUAUUACCAGAAAUCAGGCAGAACGUCUAUUGAGACAAGAGUCUAAAGAAGGUGCGUUUAUUGUCAGAGAUUCAAGACAUUUGGGAUCCUACACAAUUUCCGUGUUUAUAAGAGCUAGAAGAGGUACGGAGGCCACCAUAAAGCAUUAUCAGAUCAAAAGGAAUGACUCGGGACAGUGGUAUGUGGCUGAAAGGCACCUCUUUCAAUCAAUCCCCGAGCUGAUCUGGUACCACCAGCACAACGCGGCAGGUCUCCUGACCCGUCUCAGAUAUCCUGUUGGGCUGAUGGGCAGCUGCUUACCGGCCACGGCUGGUUUUAGCUACGAAAAGUGGGAGAUAGAUCCGUCUGAGCUGGCUUUUGUGAAGGAGAUUGGAAGUGGCCAGUUUGGGCUGGUCCAUUUGGGUGAGUGGCGAGCGGCAAGGAAUUGUUUGGUCAGUUCUACAUGUAUAGUGAAAAUUUCGGACUUUGGAAUGACGAGGUAUGUUCUAGAUGAUGAAUACAUCAGUUCCUCAGGAGCCAAAUUCCCGGUCAAGUGGUCUCCCCCCGAAGUUUUCCAUUUCAACAAGUACAGCAGUAAAUCUGACGUCUGGUCAUUCGGAGUUUUAAUGUGGGAAGUUUUCACGGAAGGCAAAAUGCCUUUUGAAAACAAGUCAAAUCUGCAAGUCGUGGAAGCCAUUUCUGAAGGCUUCAGGCUGUACCGGCCUCACCUGGCACCGAUGGCCGUCUACCAAGUCAUGUACAGCUGCUGGCACGAGGUGGGGAUCCUGACUUGUCCCCAAAGGCUGGCGGUCCCCGAGUCUGAGAGCAGCGGGGGUGGGGGUGGGGGAACGGGAAGAAACCCCAAAGGCCGGCUCCCGUUCGCUGAAGCGCUGGGACUCCCCUCGCGAGGGGGAGGGGAGGAGACUGGUGAGCGCCUGCGAGCGGAGCGCCAGCCCAGGGUCAUCUCCCAGAACGGUCACGAGAGGAAGCCCCGCGAGGGGCCACGGAUGGGAAUGUCUUCCUGCAGAGCUGCUGACUCUCGGAAACAGUGCAGAGACACAGGCUUUUAA